GUUAGCUUGACUACUGUCAACAAGCGGCGAAGCGAAGCCAUCCCAACGACCGUCAGUGCUUGCACCGCAGCUUUACUCUGCUGUCAUGGUAUCCAAAAUUAAAACCUAACUUAAUGAAAUACAACGCAGUUUAGUUUUAGCUUCGGCUAUUUCGUAGCAGAAACUUGAGCGGGAUUAUGACGCUUUAAAUGAAGCUUAAUGGUUGAGUCUAACCUUCCAGAAAGAGGAUUAUCAUCUCCUGAGCAACUGGAAACUGACAGUUGUGUUGGCUGUUAGCGACUUGUUCUGUUUAUCUGCGGCAGACGGCUCUACAUGACGAGGCGGUUCUGUACGAGGCCUGGAACCCCGUCUCGCCUUUUCAUUACAAAUACGACUGUCCAACGAUUUGAGAAAGAGCGUCAGUGUUGUAGUUGCGCUCGGCUGCACAUUCGAACCCACGUUAGUGACUUCAGGAUUCCUGCCAACUUUGACCAGGUCAUGGCUCGUAGGAGUUCUCGCCUGGUGUCUGGUGGCUACUACCAUUCAGAUGAGGAAUCCGACUCCAGCAGUGUGACCAACAUAUCCUACAGAGAAAACCCUGUCAAGGUUUUCAAGAAGAAGUCCGGAGGUCGGAGGUCGGCUUCCCGCACGAGCAGCAACUGCAGUUCUGCCAGCCCAGAAACUCCGGUCCCUGAGCCAGGUCUGACGGCAGGGAGCGCUCCCACCCUGUCGCCCCUGAGGAGCGUCACCUUCGCCCCCACCUCGCCGACCCCUCGGCCGGCUCUGACUCCGUCGCCUCCUCAGAACCACACGUCCAAGCGAUGCUACUCGAUGACCCCGGAGAGGAGCUCUUCUCCUGGCCACUGCAGCACUGGCCUGCAGCCCAGAUCCAAAAACAAGGAACAGAGUCAAAGUGGCGUCGACAGCUCAGGGUACUCGUCUGCCGAGGGCCCCUACAGGAAGCCUUCACCUGCUCCCAGCACAACCAGAACCCUGCCCGGCAAUAGUGGUGCAGCUCCCAGUCCAGGAUACAGGAGCAGGAUCAGUGGUGCCUUUUCUAAUCUAAUGAAUUCAGCCUCAGUGAUGGCUGCUCAUGCACACAGAAAAGUGCUUCAUCUCACAUCUUCAGUCAGGGACCGGACGAAGAAGGCUCUCCUGCUGGCCCUCCUGCUCCUCAUCAUACUUCUGUGUAUUUGGUUGCUUCUUCCUUUUUUCACCUCUUUCGUCAUUCGCACACAACCCGGGAUUCAACCCAGCACCUUCCACACAACUGUGGUGGAUCCAGAUGUCGUUUCUGCUGCUGUACAAGCAAAGAUGCAAGAUUUUCUGGUGGCCCUUCAGCUGAAACAGGAACAGCUUCUCUGUCAGCUGAAGGAGAAACUUCAGCUGGACGUGGAUUUCCUGAAGGCGAAGAUCGAGUCGGACUCUGACAUCCGCCGCCUCCUGCAGCAGGAGGUUUCUGGUCUGGGGAAGCAGAUGGAUAAUCAUCAGCUGGACAGCCGCUCCACUGCCGCCAGCCUCAGCCUCAAGAUCCAAACUCUGGAGACCCAGAACGCCAAGUUGUCCCAGGAGCUGUCCUCCAUGCAGGCGACGCCGCCUCCAGACUCCGCCCACAACAAGCUCACACCAGAACUCCAGCAGGCCAUGGAGAAGUGGCUCACUGACCGCAUCAAGGAACAGAAAACAAACAAGCUGGAGUUCAAAAUGGACUGCACAGGGUGUAGACGUCCAGAGGCGGACAAAAUGCCUGACUUUGCUCUUGAGACUCAAGGUGCCAGCAUCGUCAGCACGCGGUGUUCAGAGACGUAUCGCAUUCGCUCGGCAUGCUUCGUUGUCUUUGGUUUCCCUCUCUGGUAUCCGUCUGAGAGCCCGCGCACCGUCAUCCAGGGUUACCCGGUACUGCUCCCUGGGAAAUGCUGGGCGUUCCACGGCGUCCAAGGCACCCUGGUCAUCUCUCUGUCUCACCCCAUCAGGAUAAGUCAUGUGACUCUGGACCACCUGCCUCGCUACAACUCCCCCACCGGCCACAUCGACUCGGCACCGAAAGACUUUGAAGUCUACGGAUUGAAAAAUGACACAGAAGAAGGAACGCUGCUCGGGAAGUUUUUUUAUGAUGAAGACGGAGAGUCAACUCAGACGUUUAAACUGCCUAACCCCAGUGACGAGGUGUAUCGGUUCGUGGAGCUGCGAGUUCUCUCUAACUGGGGUCACGUCGAAUACACGUGUCUUUACCGGUUCCGUGUCCACGGGAAGCUCGCCGCCCACGUUUGAGAAUCCCUUUGCAUCACGUGUUUAUAGACAUGAAAGUUCUCCCUUAUUGUCCGAUGAGUAAAGGACUCAUUUCUACUGAAAAGGUGUUGAGUAACGUUACUCCUGUUCCAGCUGUCCAGCAGCAGGUUGUUUUUUUUGCAGUGAUUUUUUUGUUUUUUUGGUAAUAUUAAAGUUAGAGGAGCUCUUUGUGCAGCGCACAAUUAGCUUAGCGGACAGAAGAAUGAAGUUUGAUCAAACGUCUGCCUGGUGAAACCUUUUAGUAGCAUGAGGUUCUGGUAACUUUAUGCUUCCAAUCAUGAGCGUGCCACUAGAUCAUUUUUAAUAUUUUUGCUAUUGAUUAUUUCUAUUUAUGAGUAUUUUCCCGUUUCGUGGUUCAGUGUACUAGCAUACGCAAGAAUUCUUUUCUAGUUAAGUGGUGUUUUUUUUUGUUCUGCUUUGUUUUACUAGUUCUUCUGAUUAUAAAACGACUGAGCAAGACUGAAUUAAUAAAUAAUAUUGUUGACACAAAUAAGGUGUCAAAACAAAACAAAAAUUUGCACAUUGUGACUAACAGGUUCUGUCCAUGUUGGACGACUUUUUGAAAUACAUUUUCAAUUUUUGUCUCACCGCCA